GUGUGUUUUUGAAGAGGAAACCUUUCUUCUUCUUCAUCAUCAAUUUUCAGCUCAUUACUCUGCACCUUCCUUUUUUGUAAUAUACUCAUUUACAUACACACACACACACAAUUGUGUUUCCUCUUAAAAUCUUUAUUAGAUAUAUUAAUUGCUUCCAUUUCUUUGUAGUAGUAAUUUUCUUACCAAAACAUUAUGGAUGAAUUUGGCGUUUUGGUUGAGAGAUACGGGGUCAAAGUUCAAGGUGGAAAGUCAACGCCGAUGGCCAAUUUAAAGGCUAAUAAAAACAAUUCCAGUAAUGGAUUUCCUUCAAAUCUUGGGUUUAAUUCGGGUCAAAAUUCGGGUUACACCUCCGAUCCAUUUUCUAAUAAUGAUCUUGAUGGUAUUUUCCGGUCUAACAGUUCACACAAUCAUUAUUAUGAUAAUAAUAAUGAUAUUUUUGGUGGUGUUUUUGCAAAUUCAAAUACUAAUAAUGUGGAUAUUGAAUCAGUUUUGGGAGGUUCAAUUAAUAAAAAUAAGGGACCUAAAAAUAACUAUGAUGAUGAUUUUGAUUUGUUUGGUAUGGAAAAAAAGAAGAGUGAUUCAAUUGAUGAUUUAUUUGGGAAUUUGGGACUGAAGAAAGAUCCUGUUGGUGAUGAUUUGAUUCCUGGAUUUGGUGAUUUUACCUCCCCAAGUUAUAGCAAAAAACUAGACCGGAGAAGUCCUCAGCAGUCGAAUUCUUCUAAAUCAAGCUCCUCUUCAGCAGAUGAUCCAUUUUUAGUUUUUGAAUCAUCCACCAGUGAGGCAAAUACUUCUUCUUGGCCAUUUUCAGAAUCAUCGGAACAUCAUCCUGGAAUUAGCUCGGUAACAUCUUCAAUUAACGAACUUGAAGAUUUCGCCAAUUUUAAGGUUAAGAGUGAUACAACUGAACAACCACAUGUUCCUAAAAAGGACUUCUCUGUAAAGAAGCCUGUGGACAGAGCACAAGAGAAGUCCAAAAAUGUGAGAGUGACAAUCAACAAACCGAACAAGACAACAAAGCCAAAAUCUGCAGCUGAGGGCCGUAUGUCUGCAGGUUUCCAUGAGAAGGGAAGGCCAGAAGAAAAGAAGUCGUCAUUCAGUAAAAAGAACGUGUCGCCUGUGAAAAACUUUGUCGAUGACUUAAUGUCUUUUGGAGACUCUGCUACUUCCUCUGAGGUAUUUCAGGAAGUUGAGGGAGAAAGUGACGAAAGACGAAAUGCUAGGUUGAAACAGCAUUUGAAGACCCAAGAGCGCAUGGCUAAGGCUUUGGCUGAGAAGACUCAGCGUGAUCUUCAGUCUCAGAAUGAGCAGGAAGAGAAGCAUAGGCUUGCUGAGACGCUGAACUAUGAUAUAAAACGUUGGGCUACUGGCAAGGAAGGCAACCUCCGGGCAUUGCUGUCGUCUCUACAACAUGUAUUGUGGCCUGAAUGUGGUUGGCAGCCAGUUUCGUUGACUGAUUUGAUUACUUCUACAUCUGUCAAAAAAGUUUAUCACAAGGCAACUUUAUGUGUCCACCCAGACAAAGUUCAACAAAAAGGGGCCACAGUUAGGCAGAAGUAUAUUGCUGAGAAGGUUUUUGAUCUUCUCAAGGAAGCAUGGAAUAAAUUCAACACAGAGGAACUAAGAUGAGUUGGAACUGCUUUAAGGUCUCCUUAUUGAAAGCGGAUGAUGACCUGUCUUUGCUUGAAAGUGAAGCAACGAUGUGUGAGUGCUGUAAUAGUUGUGCGAAUUGGCUCGACUUUGUUGUUUUGGUGGACUGACAUGAUACUUAGUUGCUUCACCGGGAAUUAGUGCCAUCAUGAGUGUGCAUGUUUACAAUCUCCGGCAAUGUAUUUAAAACCGAGUAGCUUUUGUUUGUGUGAUUCUUUUUGUGCUUUGCAAUUGUCACAUACAUAUGGGUAUCUUCAUUAGCAGCCCUAGGUUUCUGUGCAUAAUUCGUUGAUUUAGGUGAAACAGCAUGGUUGGUGACAUGUUGCAUGUGAUAUUGUUAUUAAUUACCUAUCGGAGGUCAUGAUAUUUUGCUCAUUUGUGCAUGAACAUGAACAUAUAUACCAUGUUAGAUUUCAA